ACCCACCUAGAAGGAGGGAUAAUUCCAGUCUUUUACAAGGGGAUGACUCUCUACGGCAAAACAUAUGUCUAGGAGACAACAGGGAUGAAGCAGAAGAUCACAGAUUGAUGGAUAUAUGUUCAGAUGUGAAAGAGAUGUUUGAAUAUUUGGGUGCACCGAGUGAGGAGGAGGGAAAACACCCACCUAGAAGGAGGGAUAAUUCCAGUCUUUUACAAGGGGAUGACUCUCUACGGCAAAACAUAUGUCUAGGAGACAACAGGGAUGAAGCAGAAGAUCACAGAUUGAUGGAUAUAUGUUCAGAUGUGAAAGAGAUGUUUGAAUAUUUGGGUGCACCGAGUGAGGAGGAGGGAAAACACCCACCUAGAAGGAGGGAUAAUUCCAGUCUUUUACAAGGGGAUGACUCUCUACGGCAAAACAUAUGUCUAGGAGACAACAGGGAUGAAGCAGAAGAUCACAGAUUGAUGGAUAUAUGUUCAGAUGUGAAAGAGAUGUUUGAAUAUUUGGGUGCACCGAGUGAGGAGGAGGGAAAACACCCACCUAGAAGGAGGGAUAAUUCCAGUCUUUUACAAGGGGAUGACUCUCUACGGCAAAACAUAUGUCUAGGAGACAACAGGGAUGAAGCAGAAGAUCACAGAUUGAUGGAUAUAUGUUCAGAUGUGAAAGAGAUGUUUGAAUAUUUGGGUGCACCGAGUGAGGAGGAGGGAAAACACCCACCUAGAAGGAGGGAUAAUUCCAGUCUUUUACAAGGGGAUGACUCUCUACGGCAAAACAUAUGUCUAGGAGACAACAGGGAUGAGGGCACUGCAAGCAGGGAAGAUUUCAGUGAAAUAUCAGUUACUAAUAUUCAACAAAGGAUGUGUAACAGAGAGAAAAUAUAUAAAUGCCUGGAGUGUGGAAAAAGUUUCAGGCAGAAAGCACACCUUACUUACCAUGAAAGAAUUCACACGGGAGAGAAACCAUAUAAAUGCUUGGAGUGUGGGAAAGGCUUCAGUCAGAGUUCCAGUCGUACUUCUCAUCAAAGAAUUCAUGCAGGGGAGAAACCAUACAAAUGCCUGGAGUGUGGGAAAAGCUUCAAUCGGGGUGACUGCCUUAUUUCCCAUCAAAGAAUUCACACAGGGGAGAAACCAUAUAAAUGCCUGGACUGUGGGAAAACCUUUGGUGAGAAUUCCGGUCUUACUUCCCAUCGAAGAAUACACACAGGAGAGAAACCAUAUAAGUGCCUGGAGUGUGGAAGAAGCUUCAGUCAGAGUUCCAGUCUUACUUCUCAUCAAAGAAUUCACACAGGGGAGAAACCAUAUAAAUGCCUGGAAUGUGGGAAAAGCUUCUAUGAGAGUGGAAAACUUACUUCUCAUCAAAGAACUCAUACAGGGGAGAAACCAUAUAAAUGUGUGGAGUGUGGGAAAAGCUUCAGUCAAAGUAACACUCUUAAUUACCAUCGAAGAAUUCACACAGGAGAAAAACCAUAUAAAUGCCUAGAGUGUGGGAAAAGCUUCAGUCGGAGUGACAGUUGUAUUUCCCAUCAAAGAAUUCACGCAGGGGAGAAACCAUUCAAAUGCUUGCAGUGUGGAAAAAGGUUCCUUCGGAGUGCACACCUAACUUCGCACCAAAGGACGCACACAGGGGAGAGGAAAUACGUUGCAUAUUAAUGAUUUUAAUUAGAUUCAUGAAUAUUUAUACAUUAUGAAUUUUCAUACCCUUUGUAUAGCUCAAUUCCUGUUCAGAAAAAGUACCAAAAGUUCAGAACCGCCUCUCAACCUUGACAGUUCUUUAGAAUAACGGAAGAAAUACCGUGUUUCCCCGAAAAUAAGACAUAUAUUUAUUUUUUCUCAAGAAGACACACUAGG